AUGGAUAUGAAAGUUGAAUCAAAAGGCAAAGUCUGCGUGACCGGAGCUUCCGGCUUUCUGGCAUCUUGGCUUGUUAAGAGAUUGCUAUUGUCCGGUUACCAUGUCAUUGGAACUGUUAGAGAUCCAGGAAAUGAGAAGAAAUUAGCCCAUUUAUGGAGUCUGGAAGGAGCUAGGGAGAGACUCCAAUUGGUGAAGGCUAACUUAAUGGAAGAAGGGAGUUUUGAUGGUGCAAUAAUGGGGUGCCAAGGUGUUUUCCACACUGCUUCUCCUGUGCUGAAACCUUCAUCUGAUCCAAAGGCAGAAAUCUUAAAUCCUGCUAUUGAGGGUACUUUGAACGUACUACGAUCAUGUAAGAAGAAUCCAUCGCUGAGGCGCGUGGUUGUUACUUCCUCUUCUUCAACUGUAAGGGCCAGAGAUGAUUUUGAUCCCAAAAUACCCCUAGACGAGUCAACUUGGAGUUCCGUA